GUCGCGUUUUUGUGGCGUCAGCGCCGGUGAGCUGAGGUGUACAGGGGAAUGACAGUGAAACGAUACUAAUGUGAGAGCAGCAGUGAUGGAGCGUCUGUCACUAGCAGCGUUAUCUGUGCUGCUGGCGCUAACUGUGCGCUGGGCGGUGUCACUUAACUCUUAUUCUGGAGCUGGCAAACCACCGAUGUUUGGAGAUUAUGAAGCCCAAAGACAUUGGCAGGAAAUCACUUUCAACUUACCUGUUGAGCAAUGGUAUUUCAAUUCAACUGACAACAAUCUCCAGUACUGGGGACUGGACUACCCACCUCUGACUGCGUAUCACAGUGCCUUGUGUGCUUAUGUCGCUCAUCAACUAAAUCCAGAUUGGGUUGCCUUGAAUACUUCUCGAGGAUAUGAAAGUCUCCAACACAAACUGUUUAUGCGCGCCACAGUAUUAGUUGCAGACCUGCUAGUUUAUAUUCCUGCUGCUGUCCUGUAUUGUUUCAGUGUGCAAGAAAUAUCCAACAGAAACAGAGUAUCAUGUUUGUUGAGUAUUUUGCUUUAUCCAGGACUUAUUCUUAUUGAUUAUGGACAUUUCCAAUACAACUCUGUAAGUCUGGGUUUUGCCGUGUGGGGCGUUCUCGCACUUUCAUACGACCAUGAUUUGCUUGGAUCAAUGGCAUUUUGUUUUGCCCUAAACUACAAACAGAUGGAGCUUUACCACUCUUUACCGUUCUUCUGUUAUCUUCUGGGAAAGUGCUUCAAAAGAGGCAUCGCUGGUAGAGGGUUAAUGUUAUUAUUUAAGAUUGGCUUUACAGUCAUUGCAUCAUUUGUGGUUUGCUGGAUUCCUUUUCUGACAGAUGCUGAACAAAUCUUUCAAGUCCUCAAAAGACUUUUCCCCGUUGGCCGUGGUCUCUUUGAGGACAAAGUAGCCAAUGUUUGGUGCAGUUUAAGUGUUCUGUUCAAGAUAAAGAAUGUUUUAUCACCUGAAACGCAAUUACAGCUCAGCUUUGCUUGCACACUUCUAAGUGUGAUACCAACCUGUAUAAAACUGGCAGUGAAUCCAUCGUUGAAAAGUUUUAAAUUUGCCUUGGUUAACUGUGCGUUGUCGUUCUUCUUAUACUCUUACCAAGUGCAUGAAAAAUCUAUUCUUCUGGUUUCUUUACCUGUGUGUCUAAUUAUCCAUGAUGUUCCCUUGAUGUCUUCCUGGUUUUUACUUGUAUCCACUUUCAGCAUGCUGCCUCUGCUGAUAAAGGACGGAUUGCUCAUGGCGUACAUCGUCACAAUGCUGGCAUUUCUACUUAUAAACGUGGCUUUCUUGAGAAUACAUGAAAAGACCUCAGAAGAGUCACUAAAACUGAGACCUUUUUGCACCGCUAUAAGGAGAUCUGCGCCCAGGUUUAGAAUUCCAGAACCAGUAGUAGGGAUAUUAUUUCUUGCCUCAUUGGUGCUGAUGGCUGCUCUGACGUUUGUAAGCGCAGUCUUGGUUCCUCCUAGAAGAUUUCCGGACCUAUUUCCCGUAUUGGUGUCUGCUGUUUCCUGUGCUCAUUUCUUGAUCUUUUUAUUGUAUUUUAAUAUUGUCCAAAUUUGGGACAAUUCAAAUGAAAGAAAGAAGAUAUCUUAAGUGCCAAACUUGACUUUUUUAUACCGUUUUUAUUUUGUGUAAAUUUUUAUCCAGACGUUGUGUGCGGACUGUAAUGAAUUUUAUAUUCCUGUUAAUACAACACUGCAGAUUCCAUUUUCCUAUUGUUGGAUGAACAUUAAAUAAAAAUGAAAUUGAUUAAAAUUAAA